UGCUGCAGGACUCUCUCUGCGAGGCAGGACUCUGCAAGGAAAGGCUUGCAGAGUGUUGCAGCGAGGCGAUUGGCCGGCGUGAGGGCCAAUAGUCUGCAGAGCUGAGUGUUAUUUGAACUCUCCUCAGACAGAACAGUAAAACCAGACAACAUCAUCUGACUUUUCUAAAAUUAUUCCCUGGUAAGGUUCAGUUUUUAUUUGCUCCUGAGACUCAAAAAAAAAAGGAGCAGUGGACAUAAUUUAUAUAUAUUUUCCUUGUCUAUAAAGAAUGAGGAUCUACCGUUUGUGGACGUCUUUGGGAGUCUGUUGAUGCACCUGUUGACAGAGGACAAACCCUUAGUGUUUAAGAAUGGACAAAUUUGCAGCGAUGAAGACUGACGAUGCUCAGUUUUGUUUGGACAACUACAGAAGAGUUGAAGACAGGACCGGGCCGAACUGUGAAGACUCACCUCAGACGAGCUUAACAGAUGGACAGAGCCCAGACAUGCAGCAGGCCGAGAAAAUCUCUGCCAUGAAGUACAGAAGAUGCAGCUCCCCCAGGUCUCGUCUCGGUGGGGUGAAAGCUCGUCACAAAAGGCAGGUGCUCCAGGACAUGGCUCGGCCGCUGAAACAUUGGCUGUACAAGCACCGGGACAACCCUUACCCAACAAAAACCGAGAAGGUUCUUCUCGCUCUGGGUUCACACAUGACACUAGUGCAGGUUUCCAACUGGUUUGCAAACGCCCGGCGAAGGCUGAAGAACACGGUGAGGCAGCCAGACCUGAGCUGGGCGCUGAGGAUCAAGCUCUACAAUAAAUACAUCCAGGGAAAUGCUGAGAGGCUGAGUGUGUGCAGUGACGAUACAAACUCGGACGACGAAGAGUGCACCCUACCGACUCCAACGGCCCAAUCAAACUUUGGCGGCUCGUCUUACCGCCGAAGCCUGCUUGAGAAACAGGCCAGCGUCCUCGCCGGGGCAGACUUCUCCAACGAAGACGACGGCACGUCUCCUCCGUCCAAGUACAAGAGUAGCUUGCUGAACCGCUACCUGAACGACACCCUGCGACACAUGAUGGCGGCAAAGGCUGACGCCAUUGCCUCCGCUCAUGGGAAGAGAUGCCUUUCCCAAUCGUUCAGCUCCAACGAAUGCGAUCGAGAUGUUGUCUCGCCGGAUUCUUCCUCCGAAGCAGAGGCCAACUUCAUCUACAGCACGGAUACAACUGACAACACUUCAGUUAAAAGUUGCAGGGGCCAGCUGCGGAGCCGAAACCCACCGAGAAAAGACGGCCAGGGCUGGAGGGAGAUCCACGCCGCCGUGGCUCUCACCAGCCUGGCCCAGGGCAAGGCGGCUCAGAGCGCCGGCCCGGCACCCGGCGCCGCCACGGGGCAGAGCCGCGCCGCGGAGCCCUCCUCCGCAGCGAAGGCCAGCCUCACGGGCAGGCUGUGCGUGACGGGAGCCGUGUCGGCCCUCAAGCAGAGCGCGGGGACCGCCCUCACCAGCCGCAUCAUCCAGAAAUCGUCUCAUAUCUCCGAGGUCCAGACUGUCAAAGCCCCCCUGGCAAACACCGGGUAGGCACUGGACGCCGUGUUCCACUCGCCGCCAGCCAAAGUGCCUCGUAGUGUACACGGUGUGCAGGCCUGAUGUUUUACACCUUUAACACAUUUCUAAUUAUGUUAUAUACUGUAACAUCUAAUUAGUACCCCGAAGAGUGAAUCCAAUUAAUGUCUGCUUGCUUUGCUACGCCCUACAUGACCUUCGUUUUUCCAUAACUUAUAAGAACUGUCCAGACACCGGAGAAUCCUCCCGUGAUGAAGUUGUACAGCAGCCGUUUGAAUAAAGCCAAUGUGAAAGCGCCUGGCCUGCCUUUUUUUUUUCUCCUUCUGCUUUAAAUCAUUACUUUACAGGGGCUGAGACGACCUAAUUAUGUUCCACGGAGCUGUACUUAGUGGUAGGUUUCAUGUGCUUUAUGGUCUUUCAUUUUGAAAAUGCACCGUGGAAAAAGAAAAACAAAAAAGAUGGCACACCAAGAGGAGUCCGAACACGGAACACAGAGGUCAGGGAGAAUCAACUGGGAUAAAAAUGGGCAGACACUGGCUGCUGUUGUUCUUCGUUGUUUUCGCCAGUAGUGACAUCCGGGCUGUUGAUCACGUGACUCGUGUGACGCGACAAAAAAAAAAAAAGUGUCUCCAUUGCAGUUUUGCGAAAUUCCUCGCUUGUAAUCAGAGUCAAUAAGGGUUGUGACUUCUGUAAUUUAGCUAUUUCUUACUGAAAUUUCCCACUUUAUGCUUCCUUUGAUAUUUUCUCAUGUUUUCCUCUUUUAUUUCAGUGUUUUAAAUCUGCAGGACUGUUUAAUAGCAACUAUAUCCAAAUUUAAUUUCCUUUGACUAAAAUUCGGAACUUGCAAAAACCAGAUGAUUUAUGGAUGGACUGAUAGAUUAAUGAACGAUGGACAGAUAGAGUGAUGCUCCGAAAGUUGGACUGAUUGGUUUAUGGACGGAUCUACGCUUUAAAUUCGGAUGGGCAGAGAAAUUGACAGACUGGCACGUUAUUGUGUUAUGGAAAAACUGACAAAUAGACGGAAAGAUCAAUAAACAGAUGCAUGGUUUAAAGUCUCUCCGUCCAAUAAUUUUCAGAAAAAGUAAUGAAUGUCUGGAUUAAUGGAUAGAUAUCACUUUUAGACAGUGGGAUAAGGAAAAGAGUCUGGAAAUACAUUUUUUCAAACUCAGUUUUAUCUAUUCCUAUCCCAGCUUGGAAAACACUGCCAUACUUUCCCAGGCUGCAUUGGAAACAUUAAAGCCAUGUUACUUUUCCACUGCUGCAAGUAUUUCUGAAUUAUUGUUGUUUUUAGUCAUUUUAUCUUGGAUUUUCAACAUGUGCUACUUUUGCUCUGCAGACUUUUUUUUGGGGGGUGGGGCGUUGGGGUGAAUUAUUAUUUUUUCCAAGAAAUAUUUUCAUUCUUACAUCCAGUCGUCAACAACGUGCUACGCCAGCUAUCAAACAGCAAACACACAAUUAUUGGAGCCGAGAGAUCCCAUCUUCAGGUUUCUAUUUAUUUAAGUUCAAAACAAAUCAAAUGCUACUCGACUGCAGCUCUUAGUGUUAAGGCAGGUCUCAGAUCGACGUGUGACAGUACAUGACUCAAAAGCACAACCAAGCAACAGUAAAAAAAAAAAA